AUGGCUGGAGCGCAUGGAGAGGAAGAAGCUAGUAGAAAUGAAAACAAAUUCUUAAAGCCUAGACCAGAUUUUGGAGGUCAAUCCAAAAAGGGAAGGUUUGAUGAUUCUAAGGCUAGUAGUGAUAAUAGGCCACUUCAACAAAGGCAAAACAAAUCAGAAUUUUCUACAGCUAGCACUCCAAAUUAUGGCCAAGGCAAGCCUUGCGUUCCUACUUGUCCACAAUGUGGAAAGAAUCAUUAUGGUACUUGUAGGAGAUCUUCUGGUGUAUGUUUCAAUUGUGGGAGAUUUGAUCAUAAAGUGAAGGAUUGUCCUUAUCCUAAAAAUGCUCCUUCCUUGAGAAAUGAAGGCUCAGUUCAUAAGACUUCUAGUAAUCCUCCUCAAACUAAUAGAGGUGCAAGACCUAAAAACACCCAAGCAGUAGGUGCAAGUGGAGCUAAUAAAGCUAGUGGACCAAGGGCUACUACACGCAUUUAUGCUAUGUGGAAGAGGGAUGAUCAAGAUGGACAAGAUGUGGUUUUCGAUAAAUUUACUUAUUUGGCUUAUGUGUGUUUACACUAUUUGAUCAUGGUUCUACACAUUCCUAUCUUUGUUCAUUACUUGUUCUUCCUGAAAACGUGA